AUGGCAAUUAAAAAUGUCAAAGCCAAUGCUGCUGGACUAACUCGGGCUAACAAUGCAAAACCUGAGGCCCCUAAACCUGAGUCCUCAACUGUAUUGUCUAAUGCUACAUCUGAACCCUCUAUGAAUUUGCAGAAGGCUCAGCUAUCAUCUGGGCUUCCCGCAGAUUUUUUUGAUAAUCAUGUGACAAAGAAGCAAAAAUCUGGAAAUGAUGCGGUCAAGUUCCUAGAUCCAGAUUCAUACAACAAGACUGGGGGUUCUGCUUCUGCUCAAACUCAGUCAAUGGAGCCUCUUGAGUCGAAAAACAAUUUAGACAGAUUGUCCAGUUCUCACUCUGAAAAGAUGGGAAAAAGUGGAAUUCAUCAUGCCAGGGACCUUACCCAGACAUCAGGAAAGAUUGUUGGUUCAGAAACCAAGGAAGUAAAGGGUGCUCUUCCUGAAGGCUUCUUUGACAACAAGGAUGCUGACCUUCGUGCGCGUGGUAUUGUGCUUGUUAAGCCGGAUGUCAAGGAUGAGUACAAAGAAUUUGAAAAGUUGAUACAGGAGGAUUUGAAGGAGGUGGACAACCGUUUGGAAGAAGAAGAGUUUGAUGCAGCUGAGAUGAUUGAAGAGGCCGAAUCUGUGGAGCAAAAGGUGUAUUGGGAGAAAGUGGAAAUGCUGAAGAAGAAGAAAUUGGAGCUGAAGGCGGCUAGAUCCGGCAGACGGAGUAAAGAGCCUGAGGUCAGAGGCAAGGGGCAUAGCUCUGAAGAGGAUUCAUCCAGUGAUGAUGACAGUGAUGGGAAUUUCAUGGUUGAUUGGAGAGCACAACACCUGUGAAUACUUCUGUUUGAAAUUUUCUGGUAGCAUCGCCUGUGCAGACAUGUCUAUGUUGGCAUGCAAAC